UGAAAUGUUAUCCGCAAGAAUUUUAGUUCGCUUUCGAAGAAAACAUUCUCCUACUCCUGAAAUACGGUCCUGUGAAUUGAACAAAUAAAGUCAAAAUCAUCUGCUAAAGAAGAACGUCAAAAACGCUAGACGAAGAAAAUCUUCGCAAAGUGAACAGCAGCAAAAUUUCGAUGUCGUCAGUUCGUGGAUUAAAAUUCGCCGUAGUCGUUGGAUAAAAGCUGGUUUUCGCAAAAAAACAACAAAAAGGCAACAAAUUAUUGGUUUAAGUUGUAGGAUUGCUCCAUCGGUUCGGUGCUACUCCGGAGCAAGUGCGAAAAGUACUCUAAAAUGUAAAUAGUGCCAUUCCCUUCCGAAGUCAGCCGUCAUCAAUCGUGGAAACACCCGCUCAUCAGAGUUCGCUGACGGCAAGCUACAGCACCAUUUAUGUGGCAUCCCGCCUUGCAUACUGAAUUGAAUCCAGCUAGCAGCAGCAACGUAAAAAUUAAUCAUCGCCGAUGAUUUGACUUUCGGCGAACACUCCGUCGUUUGUUGAGUGAGAGGGAGUUGCCUAACGGUGGUGUUGGCGGUGGAAGAUGGCCGAGUCUAUCAUCUCGGACUGGAUCUCGGAGUACAGCUCGCUGCAAGAAUCCGAGCUGCGAUCCUUUGCUGCCCAGCAUGAGACCGACUACGAAAUCUCUAAGGCCCUGUACACCGUCCUGAACGAACGUGCCAAGUAUAAAGAUCUCAUCUACCCGGUUUGCAAUCAGCUGUGCAGCUUCUACCGCUCGAACGAAAUCGAGCUGAGGCGGUUUACGCUGCAGUUCGUGCCGAUGAUGAUAUAUCUGUAUCUGAGCUCGGUGGCGUUAGGCGAUAAGAAGGGAUGCCGGUCGAUCGAAACGUUGCUCAUCUGCAUCUACAACAUCGAAGUCAGCUCGGACGAUGGCUCCGCGAAGGUGGUUUCCUUUCGGAUGCCGGUGCUGGCCCAGGCAUCGAUCUACCAUGAGGAAAAAACUCUACACCCAAGUGAUUUAAGACGCUGGGAGGAGAACAGUAACAAGGAAAUCAGCUGGGGCCCGCUUCCGUCGAUCGAAUCGAUCAAUGCCCAAAACCGACUGAAGGUGAUGACGGCCCUGCUGUUCACCUACAACCAACAGCUGAACCAGAUUCACAAACCCGCCCUUUAUCACCUGUGCCGAACAACCUCGCUGCUGGUCAAUCAGGGCUUUUCCAAGAUCGGUGGCCACAUGCACCGACCAUCCUAUGGAACCGAUCCGACGUCACCGCAGUCGGCGUCCAGCUCCCCCAAUCAAUCCUCGCUUUCCAGUAGCAAACCCGUUCCGCGAAUAGCGAUCAACUCGCAGUUUCUGGUGGAACUUGCACACGCCAACUAUUUUGCCAUGUUCAACGAAUUUGCUUCGGCUGCCAUUGAGGCGGUUAACGAUCUGCAUAACGGCCUGUUAUGAGAUGCUACCGAAGUGAUAUUAGUUACGAAUGAAUACGGAAUUCGCUGAAAUCCUUCUGGUCAACCAAGUGAUGGUCCGAUGGGAAUUAGUGUGGCACUCACCCCAGCGACCACCACGGUGACGGUAUCGAAGUCGAUGAUCACCAACGCUUCAUUCCGCACCAAGAAGCUUCCAGACGAUCUGGAAGUAGAGUUUGUCAAUAGUCUCCAGUCGACGCAGCAGGAGAUGAUGACGAAACUGGCGGUGAUCGAUUCGGAUGGUCAGCUGGUGGCAGGCGUCUCUAAUGGUACACCUAUUGGAGCAGUUAACGGCGAAGAGGGCAUAACCGACGCCCGACAAACGGAACCGAAGAAAAAGGAGUCCCGCAAAUGGAAGAACUGGGGCUGGAAAAGCAAUAUGAAUACCACGCCGAAGCAAACUAGCAUCGAGGAGGAGGGUGAGUCACCCAAGAAAUCCUGCUCGUCCAAACACUCAAGUCCGGCCGAAUCGCCCAAGCACAAGAUACUGGGCUCUACGAAAGGGGCACCGGAUACGGAUUCGAACAGCAUAUCUCCUGCUUCAUUGAGGCGGAAAAAGUUUCUCACCAGCAAGAACCAAUCGCCGGUCAAUCGGUCGGAGGCUCGCGCCAGUGCUGGAGCUCGUUUGUACGAGGAACUGGACGGCUUGCAGGACUCGGACGAUGAACUGCAAGCGCUGAUUGUCAAUGGACGUCCAGCCACAAUACAUCUCAUUCAACCUUCGACGAUACCCGACGAUAUUCCUAUUCAAGGCCCCACCAAGGAGGAGAACGGCCAGCUGAGCAGUAUUAAUGAGGAGAGUGAAAGCGGCGGCGACGGGCCCAAAUCCGGCCCCGGCAAGGUGAAAGACUCCAAAACCCACAAGGUUCUGGUGGGCUUCAUGAAGCUGAAAGAAAAAGACAAAGACAAGGACGACGGCGGUGGAGGUGGAUUGGGUGGCGUGGGUACUAAGAAAUCUUCCGGAGGCAUAAAGGAGAAGCUGGCCGGUAAGCAGUCGCUCCAGAUGCAGCAGCAAACCAGUGCCGAGCUCAUCGAAACGGAACGGGCCAGCCCACAGACGAUGGCCAAGCGGAAGAGCAAUAGUAUUGAUAUUAUUAGCAGUAUGCCGACGACGGGCGGGGAAUUGGGGGUGGGGGUGGUGAAGCAAUCGGUGCCGUUGUCGAACGGGGGUGUGAUGAUGGGGACGGACGAUAAAGUUGGGAGUGCUGGCGGCAUGGAUGGGUUGGAUGUCGUGGAUCGAAACGGGGGAGGAGCAAAUCCGCUCGAGGUGGGCGAAUCGUUCGACUCGGGCAACGAGAUGAGCCUCAAUAACAAUAUCACCAACAAUAACAACCUGGACAAAUCCGCACUGGACAUUAAAAGUCACGGCAGUAUACAAGUUAGUCAAGUUUAAGAUUUACCAGAUAUGAAAAUGUGUUAACGUAGUUUUGUAAUAUUUGUUUAUGUUAUUUUGCUUUUGCGUUAUUUACGAUUAGUUUUAUAAAUGGUACACUGUGCUGCGGUAUUUGGUUGGUGUAAUGUUUGCUAGUAUGAGACUCAUUAUGUUGUUUUUAUGGAAUAUAAGGACCUUCCACAAGUAUAUUGGUUUUAUCUUUAGUUGCAUUUCUAUAGAAACGUAAUUUUUCAGUUUAUUGCGCUAAAUUAUAAUUAAAGUUUCUACUAUGUAUUGGUUUUAUCAAAUCACCGCAAA